AUGGUGCUGGUGGCGCUGGCGAGCCUGUGGGCGGUGCCUGCUGCGGCGGUGGCGUACGAGGCAAAGGUGUCUCGCGGCGUGUUCUCGGUGACGGCAGACGGAGCCGAGGUGGUCCCCGCGACGGCUGCAGGGAGUGCUGGCCUGCGCGGCGGCAUGCAGUUUACGCUGCGGUCGACGGCUGUGACGGUGACCGGGGCCGAGGCCACGUACGCGGCCAUGGCUGCGGCGGUGCCGGCAGCAACGCUGAGCGGGCUGACGGCGGCAUCGUGUGCCGAGGUCAUCCAGUUCCUGCCCUCGCUCUUCCUCUGCCGCUACGCCGACAACCUGCCGGCUGGUCGCUUUGUCCUGGGCUCGACCUCGGAUGGAUUUUCCUGCGAGGCCCUGCUCUCGGCGCCUGUCGAGAGCCUGGCCUGCAACCACAGCUCGGACACGAGCCGGAGCGUGAGUAUGGUGCUGACGGCGGCGGAUGCCGGUGUCGGGCAAGCGGCGUUUAGCCUCGACGCGGCGACGGCCGGCGCGCACGAGACCUCGUUUGUUGCGCUCGCCGGCGUCAAGGUCAAGGCCGGCGCUGUUGUAUCGAGUGAGGCUACGGCCAUUCGCAAGGCCAACGAGGACCGCCGCGACGAAUCACGCCUCGCGGUUGUCUUCCUCUACCUCUUCAUUGCCGCCGCCAUGACGGUCCUCGCCGUUCUCUGCGCCGUCUGGCAGGGCUGGCUCUACCCGGUCUUCCCUGCCCACGCCGAGUUCUGGUGGUUUGCGAUUUUCUUCACCCUCAUCCACCUCGUCUCGUGGGUGGGCGGCCUCGCCGGCUGGAUUUGCAUCCUCUCGCUUGUUGGCCUCUACAUCCUGCUCAUGCCGGUUGUCUACCUCUGCAUCCGCUGGCAGCACCGGCGGCUGCUCCGGCGCGCCGGCGUCACCGAGUACGAGCUCAUCCGCAAGUACGGCGAGCAGGAGGAGUCCGAGACCGACGAUGAUGACUACGACUACGACGAGUCAUCGUCCCAGACCGAGGCGGCAACUGCAAGUGCAACUGCAAGUGCAAGUGGAACUGCAACUGAGACCGAGGCCGAGACCGAGACCGAGACCGAGACGACCAACGCCACCGGCCGCGGAGCCGGCUCGGCGACGCCAGCGGAGCGCCUCGGCGAACCGCGGGCUGUCGGCUUUACUCAGCAGCCGGCCAAGCUCGGGCGGGCGCAGGGCUGGUGGCUCCUUUCGGCGACGCUCGCGUUUUCCUCUGCGGCGUCAUGUUUUCAGCCCAAGUUGGUGGCCAAGACCAUCGGGGUUAUCUACGCGUACGACACGUUUGCGACGGUGAUGCGGAUGGACUGGCUGCUGCAGGCGCAGACCAAGGCGUGUGGCGUGCUCUUCAAGCGGACGCUCAGCUCAGACUCGGAGAAGAAGAAGAAAAUCCAGGACGCGUUCAUCGACAAGUACUCGAUCGACAUGUCGAUUUUUGAUCGGCCGUCGUAUACCCAGUACUCUUCGGUCAACGACUGGUUCACCCGGUCGCUGGCUGCCGGCGCUCGGCCGGUUGUUGGCUCGCCCGGCGACGACAUUGUCGCGUCGUCCGCUGAUUGCCGCGCCGUGGUCUACGAGAGCGUGCCGGAGAACCUCAAGAUCUGGCUUAAGGGUGAGGAGUUUACGGCAAAGGAGUUGCUGCACUACACGUCGGCGUCGCAGGACUUUGCCGGCGGGCCCAUCGCCAUCCUCCGCCUCGCGCCGGCCGACUACCACCGGACCCACGCCCCGAUCUCAGGCACCAUUACCAACCAGUACGCCGUCAAGUCGACGAUUUACAGCGUCGGCGCCGACGCCAUGCGCUCCAACAACGGCGCCAUCUACAACACCCGCACUAUCUCCAUCAUCGACUCGGGUCGCCCCGGCCGCAAGGUCGGCUUUGUGGCUAUUGGCGCCACCUGCGUCGGCUCGGUCGUCAUGCUCAAGGGCACCGGCGCGACGGUGACCAAGGGCGAGGACUUUUCCUACUUUCAGUUUGGCGGCUCGACCGUCGUCCUCACCUUCCCGCCCAACUCGAUUGCCUUUGACGCCGACCUGCUCUACAACUCGCGCAACGGCGUCGAGACGCUCAUCACCAUGGGCUCGCGCCUUGGGACGUGGACCAACUAG